AUGGUCUUGUUGCUGGCGGGGAAUGAAGCAAACGCGGAAAUUGUUGACGAGAACGCGAAUUUCCCACCACCCGAGCCAGCGCCGGCGCUUUUUCUGAAAAGAACCGGUGCAACACAAACGGAUUCAGAGGAGGAUCAACAAAAUAGGCAUAUUAGCACGCAAACAGAACCCCUUCCACCAGUGGAGAAACCAUUAAAAGUCGACAAAGACAACUCACCGAUGAGUGGCGGAGACUCGAGAAGGCACAGUUUACAUUCGAUUCCAAGAACCACAGCUGUUCACGAUUUUUCAACCCUUUUUCGUGAUGACUCAUUUCUUAAUGUUCCCAAGAAUAUAAUGGGAGAGAAAAGGCGACUAUCGAAUAAUCGUUUCAACUCGCAAACACAUGUCCAUUUUUGUGAUGAAAAUGAGAAUUGGCAAAAGUUGAGCGAUGAGCUGGAUGGACACUUGAGAAAUAUGAUCAGGCAUUCGCGUAGACGGUCUUCAUCGACGAUUCGGAAAGCCGGCGAGGACAGGGAUCAGUUUUUCAAGCAGCUCCGUGAGAGAUAUUUUAACUCACCCGAUUAUCAUCGUGACGAGCGAAUGGCUGAGUAUCGAACAGUGGUGAUUGUGAAUAACACC